GCUUCCGGUUCUGUGACGUGGUUCAUAGCAAUGGCGGACCGAAGCCGCAAAGAAGCAACUCCUCCGCCUUUACUGCUUAUGCCAGCUAAUGGAGGACUUACGCUUAACCCACCCGAGCAGCCCAAUGUGUUAAUGCCUGUCGUGCAAUCAGAAACCGCUCCUUUGUUUUGUUCAGAUGAGGAGGCAGAGGCUGAUAGCUUUGUUGGACAGAAUGUACCAGAAAAUGCCACUUCUUCAGCCAGUCAGCAAGCAAGCCCUUUUAAUAUGUUUCAACAAUCUAAUUCUGCAAGUGUAGACCCUUUCUCACAAGUUGGUCACAAUCUUCCUUCUACGUCACAACAGAAGACCAUUCCAAAGACGGAUGCUCCUGUAAUGUUUACAUCAGCUUCUUUUCCAAAUAUGCCAUCUGUUCCUCAAAAGCCUCCCGAUCCUGUUACAACAAGUACCAUACCAGACAGGAGCAAACCACCAUCUAUGUCAUCUUUUGUUGCAGUUAGUUCACCAGAAGCUACUUCAACUCCCAACAGAUACAGACAAAAGGGCCCUUUACGAUACGCUCCACCACCAGCUGAAACUUACUCUCCUGCACAUCCAAAGAGCUAUAGGGCCCAGUCACAAGUAGGUCCUCCUCCCAAAGUCGGAGAAAUGCCCAUGUACGCAACUACUUCCUCUGAUCCCAGUAUGUUUCAUCAAAGCCAACAAAUGACAUCUGUUAAUUACCAACCACCAGUGGAUUGCAACGCUUCGUUUUACCAGCCGGUUCAAGCCCAUUGGUGUUUUUGCAAAAGAAUUGAAAACCGUGAAGUUUGGUUCCCAUUUUCAAUUGUUGAUUCAAUUAGGCUGGAGAAUGCAUUCCAGAAUGGUUGUGCUGACGGUGAGGUGGUUGCCACUGAUGGUGGCCGUUAUGACAUUCAAGUGGAUCAGAGGAUUCGUAAAGCUGUCUAUUGGAGCGAAGAUCAUACCCAUGUCCGUCGAAGUACUUGGUUUUACAAGCGAGAAGGAGACAACAAAUAUGUGCCUUAUACUGAAGCAUUCGCUCAAAAACUUGAGGAAGAAUAUAAAAAUGCUAUUUUUAACAAUUUAUGGCAUAAAAAACUUGAAUUUCCUGGCGGAGAAACCAUUGUAAUGCACAAUCCUAAUGUGAUAGUUCAUUUCCAGACUUCCUCUCAACCAGAUGAGUGGGGCACUAUAAAUUUGUCCCCGUCUAAUGAAUCCCAAUAUGCCGGGCUACAGAGUGUCUACUCCCUUCCGGGUGAACAAAUGAGACCACGUGUAGUUAAAAGAGGAAUUGAAGACUUUGCUACAGUAUAUGAUGGUGAAACUGGGAAAAUUGAUCAUCUUGUGUUUAUAGUUCAUGGCAUUGGACCUGUUUGUGAUAUACGCUUCCGCAGUAUUGUCGAAUGCGUCGAUGACUUCCGUUCAAUUUCACAGACCUUAUUGCAAUCUCACUUCAGUGAAGGCCUUAAAUCAGGCUAUGUUGGUCGUGUUGAAUACCUGCCAGUUUAUUGGCAUUCUGCAUUGCACAGUGAAGCUACUGGCAUAGAUAAUCAACUGAAAGCAAUAACCCUUCCAAGCACGCAGAAGCUUCGGCAAUUUAUCAAUGAUACAUUGUUAGAUAUUUUGUUUUAUACCAGCCCCAAAUACUGUCAGACAAUGUGUGAUACUGUUGGUUCUGAAAUUAAUCGUCUCUAUGAAUUAUUUUUAUCAAGAAACCCUACUUUCAAAGGAACUGUGUCAGUAUCUGGGCAUAGCUUAGGUUCAUCUAUUCUCUUUGAUUUGUUGUUGCAUCAGCACAAUCCUCAAAAUAAUCAGAAAUUAGGAGACAAAAGCAAGGACAUUAGUCCUGAACCUGCUCCUGUUCCAGAAGUGGACAAGGUAAAUGCAUUGGAAGAAGAUACAAGCCAAGAAACUGAGAUGACUCUUGAAGACUUAUUGGCCAAAGCUGGACUUCAAGAUAAAAUGGAAAUAUUUAAAAAUGAACAAAUUGAUAUUGAUGCAUUGAGUAUGUGUACUGAUGAGGAUUUGAAAUGUCUUGGUUUACCGAUGGGACCACGAAAGAAACUUCAGAAGUUGAUGACAGAAUUAAAACAGCACCAAGAAGAGGUUGCCAUGAAGCAGAAGAUAGAAGCUGAGAAGAAAAGAAAAGAGGAAGAGCAACUGAAAGAAGCAGAAACAAAUUUAAAAACAAAAUUGCUAAAAUGUGAGACAUCGAUUUCUGUUGACUAUUUGAUGGGUGUGGCUGGAACUGGACAACCCUUUGUUGAAUAUCCACAGUUACUCUUUCAUCCUGUUAGCUUCUUUGCUUUAGGCUCUCCUAUUGGAGUAUUUCUAGCUGUACGUGGGGUAGAAAAAAUGGGAGAAGAAUUCUGCCUUCCCACAUGUUCCAGAGUCUUCAACAUUUUCCAUCCGUUUGAUUCUGUGGCCUAUCGUAUCGAGCCACUUGUGAAUGCCCACGCUAGUAACCACAAACCAGUUCUAAUACCACAUCAUAAAGGCCGAAAACGUCUUCAUUUAGAAUUGCGAGAAAGUCUCAGCCGAGUUGGUUCUGAUCUGAAGCAAAGAUUUCUGGAUUCCCUGAAGAGUACCUGGAAUUCAAUCAAUGAAUUUGCAAGAGCUCACACUUCAAACCAAUCACUGGAACAACAUGUAGAAAAAGAAAUGAGUGAUGUUAUUAACCAGUUAGUUGUUACUGACGAUGAAUGUGAAACUGCAUCCAUUGCUUCUAGUCAUGAUGAGGAAAUCAGCAUGGGUCUGUUAAAUGAAGGACGCAGAAUUGACUAUGUCUUACAGGAGAAACCUAUUGAAAGCUUUAACGAUUAUUUAUUUGCACUGACUAGUCAUGGCUGCUAUUGGGAAUCUGAAGACACAGUGCUGCUUAUACUUAAGGAGUUGUACUCAAUAGUAGGAAUUUAUCCUCAGACGAAUUGGCCAGAUUCAAUGAACCGAAGUACAGUUGCACCUCCUUCUUCAGCUGUUCCUCUUACUUCACCUUCAACUCCUCUCCAAACACCUUCCUACUCAGAACCACAAUUAAAUUCUAAAAGACGAGAAUAUUCAAGUCCUGGUAGCUCUCAAGCCACUGCAAAUCAUUUUGGUGUAUUUUCCCCUGUGGGACCUCCUACUGGCCCUCCCCUAAAGGGACAUCCUUCAGUUGGUCCUCCCCCCAUGGGACCACCUCCAACAGGCCCUCCACCUAUGAGGCCUUCAGUUGGUCCUCCCCCUAUGGGACCUCCUUCAACUGGCCCUCCCCCUAUGGGACCUCCUUCAACUGGCCCUCCCCCUAUGGGACCUCCUUCAACUGGCCUUCCCCCUAUGGGACCUCCUUCAACAGGCCCUCCCCCCAUGAGACCUCCUUCAAGCCUUCCUCCCAUGGGACCUCCUUCAACAGGCCCUCCCCCCAUGGGACCUCCUUCAGUUGGUCCUCCCCCCAUGGGUCCUCCUUCAACUUCUACUCCCUCCAUUGCACCUCCUACAACUGCUCCUGUGUUAUCUCAUCUACCCAUGGGUCCACCUUCAACAAAUCUUCCUCCACCCAUGGGUCCACCUUCAACAGCUCCAUCAAUGAUACCCCCCACUACAGGUCCUCAAACGACUGGUAUGCCAGUUGGACCUCCUCCAUUGACAGGGUUUAUAAAAAACACCUACUAAAAUGGAAUGGAGGUUUAAUCUCUCAGAUCUGAACUAAGUUUCAUAUUCAAAGUAACAUUUAAUUUUACAUCUAGGUAGGUAAGACACUGACUUGUACUUAAAGAUAUGAAUAAAUGAAAACCAUUCCUCA